AUGUCGAGCACAUCAAAGAAGCACAAGAAUUUUGUGUCAGAGCCCAUGGGAGAUAAACCUGUCACAGAACUUGCAGGCAUCGGUGAGGUUCUUGGCCAUCGUUUGGAGGACAACAAUUACGACAAGGCAUACACAGUUCUGGGCCAGUUCCUUCUCUUCAAGAAAGAUGAGACGCUCUUCAAGGACUGGCUGAAUGACAUCUCUGGGGCCAACAGCAAGCAGCAGAACGACUGCUACCAGUGCCUGAAGGAGUGGUGUGAUUCUUUCCUCUAG